GGAGUGUGGAAGUGCUCACACUGGUUCAGGCAGCAGGUCUGGGAGACACAGGCUCGGGCUCACUACAGGACUGACCUGAACUUUUAGUUUUUUGUUUUUUCCUGCAAUUUCUCCUGUAUUUGGUGUAAACCUCCACCGGCUGGACUCAGGAUUAUCCCAGGACCUGGACAUGCAGCCAGCUCAGCUUGUAGCCAGGAUUAAACGAUGAUUCCCUGAGUUAAGAAGAGCUUGUCGACUACGAUGAUGAUGACGGACUCUGGGAGGUUGGUCAGUGCUGGACAUUUGAUGGGUCACAGGGGGCUUGGUGCUGCGCAGUGACCCCCGUAACACAAAAAAAGGGCGAAACAAAAUGAGCAAGCUGGGCUUCCAGAACAACAGAGUCAUGCAGGACCGGCGGAGCGUGUGCGUCUUCUUACCCAAUGAUGAUACUCUGAACAUCAUCGUUAAUGUUAAAGCACUUUGUCAGGAGUUACUGGAUCAGGUCUGCGAUCUCAUCCGGUUGAAAGAUUGUCAUCUCUUUGGGCUCAGUGUUAUCCAAAAUAAUGAACAUGUAUACAUGGAACUCAACCAGAAGCUUUAUAAAUACUGUCCCAAGGAGUGGAAGAAGGAGGCCAGCAAAGGUAUCGACCAGUUUGGGCCGCCUAUGAUCAUUCAUUUCCGAGUGCAAUACUACGUGGAAAAUGGCAGAUUAAUAAGUGAUAGAACAGCGCGGUAUUACUACUACUGGCACCUAAGGAAACAAGUCCUGCUCUCCCAGAGCAUGACGCGGGAGGAAGCUUACUUUCUGCUGGCCGCCUUCGCCCUACAAGCCGACCUGGGGAACUUCAAAAGGAACAAGCACUAUGGAAAGUACUUUGAACCGGAAGCCUAUUUCCCCCCCUGGGUAAUAAAAAAGCGGGGGAAAGAUUACAUUUUAAAGCACAUUCCGAAUAUCCACCGCGACCAAUUUGCACUGAGCGUGCCGGAAGCCCACCUGAUGUAUAUUAAAGAGGCGGCGCGACUGGAGGACGUGGCUGUCCAUUACUACAGGCUGUACAAGGACAAGAGAGAGGUAGAGGCCUCGCUGAUUCUUGGACUUACACUGAGAGGAAUCCAGAUCUUCCAGAGUUCGGGUGAUGAGAAGCAGCUUCUUUAUGAUUUCCCCUGGACUAAUGUAGGAAAAUUAGUGUUUGUGGGCAAGAAGUUUGAAAUUUUACCAGACGGCUUACCCUCAGCCAGGAAACUAAUCUACUACACCGGCUGCUCCAUGCGUUCUCGCCACCUCCUGCAGCUGCUCAGCAAUAGUCAUCGAUUAUAUAUGAAUCUCCAGCCUGUCCUGAGGCAAGUGCGGAAACUGGAGGAAAAUGAAGAGAAGAAACAAUACAGGGAGUCCUACAUCAGCGACACAUUGGAUCAAGACAUGGAUCAGUUGGAGAAGAGAUUGCGGGCGAGUGGAAGCAGCGCAGGGAGCGUCCAGCACAAGAGACUGUCCCGGCACUCCACAGCCAGUCACAGCAGCUCACACACCUCAGGGAUAGAGGCCGAUACCAAGCACAGGGACAUAGGAGCCGAGGACAGCUUCUCGGGGACAUCACUGCACCGCAAGCUGAAAACCUGCAGCUCCAUGACCUCUCACAGCAGCUCGCACACCUCCGGAGCAGAGAGCGCCGGCAAGGACAGGCUGGAGGAUGACUCUCAAGAUGACGAGAUUGAGAUGCUGGUAGACGACCCUAAGGACAUGGACUCGCCUUUGGAUGUUAGUCCCGAUCUGUGUAUUUACAUCACGGAAGACAUGUUGGUCUCGCAGCAAACUAAUGGAUAUUCUGGAUUAGUAGUGAAAGAAGUGAACUCGUCAACCUCAAGCUCUUCUGAAACUGUGGUGAAGCUCCGCGGUCAAAGCAUCGACUCAUUGCCGCAGACCGGUUGUAGAAAACCAAAGACCUCAACGGAUCGGCACAGCUUGAGCCUGGAUGACAUCCGCCUGUACCAGAAAGACUUCCUUCAGAUUGCCGGCCUAUGCCAGGACACUGCCCAGAGCUACACCUUUGGCUGCGGCCAUGACGCUGACAACAGAGGCCUUUAUUGUAACGGAUGCUUUGCCCAGCAAUGCAGUCAACGUGCAGGAACCCUUCGUGGCCAAGAAAGUCACCAAAUACUUCUCCUUGGACCUUACUCAUGAUGAAGUCCCCGAGUUUGUAGUAUAAUAUCCCAGGCCUGGAUGUCUGCGAUUCCCCAUAACCUCUAGGAAGAUUGGAUCUUUCUACAUUUUUUUUAUUUUAACCUUUUUUUUUAUAUUUUGAUACUAAAAUGAAAGCCAACGGGACUUCCCGUGUGUACAGCUUAAUAUUUUGCGCUCUUGGUAUUAUAUUGAAAAAAUAUAUAAGGUACUAUUUUAUAUGUACAGAGAAAUCCACACACAUAUGCCAAAGAAUGGGUCUUCGACAAAAUGGCGGCCUUGGAUACUUCAUGGUCUCCAAUAAAAUGGCAGCAGGAGGACACAUCUACAAAAGAAGUUUAUAUUCCAUGUGGGUAUAAUGAUGGGAUGGGGGGAUGUAUUUUUGUAUAAAAACAAACAAACAAAAAAAAACGACAGCACUAGAUUAGUACCGUAAAUGAAAUUACUAAAUUAUAGUCGCCCAUAGGUUCUGGGCCCCUAUAUAGACCCCUAUCUUUCCAGCUGCUAAAUAAUUGAUGAUAAGGGGGGGCUCAUCAAGUAUACACUUCCAUUGCAAUGUAAUGGGCAGUAGGGAGCGCUAUUCUUUAAAAGUAGCUUGUUGUGCCCCUAUACAGGUUGCACGCAAGGUAUGCACACCCAUGAGUUUCUGCCGAUCACUUAUCAGCAUCUCUCCUAAAGAAGCACGCCCGCAAAAUGUAUUAUUCUCUGACCUGUUGGACAGAUGCCGGAUGUAAUUUUCUUACUAGUGACUAUCGUUGUGAGUUAUAACCUCCCUUCUGAUCCCCAGCUGUGUCAUGUGACCAGCACUCUGAUCUCCAACUGACACAGGACAGGAAGUCAGUUACGUCUCUAUUCAUUCCUAUGAGCCCGACACUGAGGCUCCCAUAGGAACACACAGAGAAGCUGACUUCCUGUCCACACAGAAGAGGCUGUGUUAUUUUGGAGAGUCAGUUUUGGUCACAUGACACAGCUGAGGAUCCGAAGGGAGGUUAUAACUUACAACUACAGUCACUAGUAAGAAAACUACCUUCACUACAGUUUAUAUCAUGUACCUUUCUAGCAGGUCAGAGAAUAAAAUAAAAAAAUUGUUGGAGUGCUUCCUUGAAGUGCCAAAAAUGUUUGCCCAUUCAGAGCUGUAAGGAUCGCAACAACGCAUCCUAGGUGUAUUUUUGGGGGAAAAAGAUUUCUCCUCAAAAUCUC